AUGAAGCUAGUAACAUUUUUGAUGAAACUAACCAAUGAAAAUGUCACGAUCGAAUUAAAAAAUGGAACACUUAUAACUGGGGUUAUAACAGGAGUUGAUAUAAAAAUGAACACACAUAUGAAAAAUGUUAAAGUAGUAAUUAAAAAUAAAAAUGUUGGUGAAUAUAAUGCUAAUACAAAACAAUUUUUAUCAUUAGAUCAUGUAACUAUAAGAGGAAAUAAUAUAAGAUAUUAUAUUUUAUCAGAUAGUUUACCUCUUGAUACAUUAUUAGUAGAUGAUACUCCUAAAAAUAAAACAUCAAAGGAUAAAUCAUUUUCAAGCAAAGAUAAAGGAAGAGGAAGAGGUCGUGGAAGAAAAGUCCCAAGAAGAUAA